GAGCCGGAGCCGGAGCCAGAGCCGCCGCCUGGGGCGCUGGGCCGGCCGCGGGGACACCCGAGCGGCCGCCACUGCAGAUUGGAAGAGGCCAACUGUGAACCUCAGAUACACAAGAAGGUCAUUUUCUCAAACAGGAGACGUCUGUUAACGAAAUUGCCAUGGUUGACACAGAGAUGCCAUUCUGGCCCACCAACUUCGGGAUCAGCUCGGUGGACCUCUCUGUGAUGGACGAUCACCCCCACGCCUUUGACAUCAAGCCGUUCACCACCGUGGACUUCUCCAGCAUUUCCACGCCUCACUAUGAAGACAUUCCGUUCUCAAGAGCAGACCCCAUGGUUGCUGACUAUAAAUACGACCUGAAGCUGCAGGAGUACCAAAGUGCGAUCAAGGUGGAACCUGCAUCCCCACCCUAUUACUCUGAAAAGACUCAGCUGUACAACAGGUCUCACGAGGAGCCUUCCAACACGCUCAUGGCCAUCGAGUGUCGCGUCUGUGGAGACAAGGCCUCUGGCUUCCACUAUGGCGUCCACGCCUGUGAGGGGUGCAAGGGCUUCUUCCGGAGGACCAUCCGAUUGAAACUCAUUUAUGAUAGGUGCGAUCUUAACUGUCGGAUCCACAAAAAGAGCAGAAAUAAAUGUCAGUACUGUCGGUUUCAGAAGUGUCUUGCCGUGGGGAUGUCACACAAUGCCAUCAGGUUUGGGCGGAUGCCCCAGGCCGAGAAGGAGAAGCUGCUGGCUGAGAUCUCCAGUGAUAUUGACCAGCUGAACCCAGAGUCUGCUGACCUCCGGGCCCUGGCAAAGCACUUAUAUGACUCAUACAUGAAGUCCUUCCCGCUGACCAAAGCCAAGGCGAGGGCGAUCUUGACAGGAAAGACAACAGACAAAUCACCAUUUGUCAUCUACGACAUGAAUUCCUUGAUGAUGGGAGAAGAUAAAAUCAGGUUCAAACACAACACCCCCCUGCAGGAGCAGAGCAAAGAGGUGGCCAUCCGCAUCUUCCAGGGCUGCCAGUUUCGCUCUGUGGAAGCUGUGCAAGAGAUCACAGAGUAUGCCAAAAACAUUCCUGGUUUUGUGACCCUUGACCUGAAUGACCAAGUAACUCUGCUCAAAUAUGGCGUGCAUGAGAUUAUCUACACCAUGCUGGCCUCCCUGAUGAAUAAAGAUGGGGUGCUUAUAUCCGAGGGCCAAGGGUUCAUGACCAGGGAGUUCCUCAAGAGCCUGCGCAAGCCCUUUGGUGACUUCAUGGAGCCCAAGUUCGAGUUCGCUGUGAAGUUCAAUGCACUGGAAUUAGAUGACAGCGAUUUGGCAAUAUUUAUAGCUGUCAUUAUUCUCAGCGGAGACCGCCCGGGCCUGCUGAACGUAAAGCCCAUUGAGGACAUUCAGGACAACCUGCUGCAGGCCCUGGAGCUGCAGCUCAAGCUGAACCACCCCGAGUCCUCACAGCUGUUUGCCAAGCUGCUGCAGAAAAUGACAGACCUCAGACAGAUCGUCACGGAGCAUGUGCAGCUGUUGCAUGUGAUCAAGAAGACGGAGACGGACAUGAGCCUGCAUCCUCUCCUGCAGGAGAUCUACAAGGACCUGUACUAGCAGAGGGGAGGGCUGCUCCCACUUGCACUGCGGUCUGGAGGGAAGAGCUGGCACCCGAGAAACUCACUGUGAAGAAGCAUUGGGGCAAAGCGAAAGGCUUUAGAAUAGGAUCUAUUUUAUGCAUAUUGUUUAUAAAGAUACAUUUACAAUUUACUUUUAAUAUUAAAAAUUACCAUGUUAUGAAA